UCCUCUCCUCUCCUCUCGUUCGACUCCGCUGCCGCACAAAAGAGAGAGAGAGGCUAAGAGUAGAACGUCGAUCGGAAUGGAUCGGAAUCUGCCGGUGAGGACGUCGCACAGCUGCAUGGCGGAUCUCCUCGCGUGGCCAAACGAGCCGGCGGAGGAGCCAUCGCCGACUCCCUCCUCCCGCCGGAGCUUCAAGCCGGCAGAUAGGAUCAGCCCGGCCAUGUUCGGCGCGCCGAUGACCAAGGAGGAGGCCGAGAUAGUGAACAAGAGGAGGUCCUGCUCAGCUCUGAAACUGCAAGAUAUGAACGGCAAUGGUAUUUUUGCCAUUGAUGACGACGAACAUAAUGCAUCCAACCAGAAGACUAGCAUUCGAAUUUUUCAGAAAUCUAUGGGUGCGAUCAGCCAAAUAUUGCUUGGCACGGAAGGGGUAGAAACUCCGAGAAAACCUACAUCUUUUGCUGAGUUAGCAAAGCAGCGCGAGCUGAGAGGGACGAUAGAGUCUGAGCUGGAGCAACUUCAAGUGAAGAAACAACUCUCUGAGGCAAAAUGCAAAGAACUCAGUGGGAGUGGCAUCUUCGCCCUUCCACCUGAGAUUCCACAAAGGCAUUUAGCUGCACAGGACCAGGAACUAAGGAACAAUUUGGAUUUCGAGCCAUCGCAACUGCAGACGAAACCGGCAUCAGUGAAUUCACACCUUGUGGAUGCGGAAACAAUCACCAAGAAAGCGAAGAAAAUCUGCAACCAAAAGUUCAAAGAUCUGAUGGGGAAUGAUACAUUCAGGGGGGGUGCUGUAUCCAUGCCUGCUGAGAAACAACUGAGCUUGUCAAAUGUAGAGAAUCAUAGUAGUACAAUGGCCUGGGUUUAGUAUAUUGGUUUAUACUAAACCAAUAUAAUAAAAACUCUAUUUGUGCUAGAAUGUGUUUCAGCACUACUCUUGAUAAAAUUUAUUGAAAUUGAAUAAUACAUAUGAUUCCACAAUCA